CACGGAGACGAGUGGCCCGGUGAUGUUCAUCGAUCGAGUGGUGCGAUCGGCAGUAGUUCGUCACUGGCCGCCUAUGAAGACGACACGAUGACCGAGAGUCAGGAAAAUCUUGCUCUAGCGUUUGUAAACCGUGGCCUUGGCGGAGGUCCAUCGCUUGCCGAGCGGAGGAUGCAGAGCAAGCUAACGGUUUCCAUCGAAAACAAUGCCCCAGACAAUGAUAUGGCCGAAGAAGCACGGGAUAAAGCUACGGAUCUGAUGUCGAUUGAUGAGCGCUCGCGCGGGUUGCGUAGGAAUUCUAUUUCGUUACCUUCGCUAAAUGUUAACGAGCUGGAGAAGAUCGAAGUAGCGGCGGCGGUCACUAAACCAACAACAUUGGUCGAAGACCAAAGUAGCACAAGUUCGAUAUCGGAUGGAACCACCAUGACCCCGAGCCCGAGCACCCCGGUUUCCCCGGCUAAUCUGAAACCGAUGCUACACUUUAACGACGACACGAGCAGCGAUGAGGAAGUUAAACAACCCAGCAAGAACCUCUUCCGGACCAAGCGACGUUCAUCUAUUGCUCCACUACCGGCGCUACGGCUGAAUGAUAAAGAGAUGAUGUCGAACGAUUACGAUACACAUAGCGUGCUGAGCAAUCAGGCGUCGAUUACCAGCAUCAACUCUUUGGCCAGUUUGUUGAAGGAAAAAAUGCAGAAUGUUCCCGCCAUCAUUCGGAAGAAAAAACGCGAAACGAAAGACUACAAGCUGCGGGCGUUUGUUGGAUUUUUGUUUCUCGUCAUUGUUUUUCUGGUCGGCUAUGCGUACGUCAUGUACAACCAGAAGCUGCUGUCGAAGUCGUACUUCGAGAGCAUCAAGUUCCACAAGAAGACGCGCAACAUUCGGGUGCUGGACGGUAAGGGCGGGGAACUGCUAACCGGGGUGCUGGGGACGACGCUGAGCAUCGAGCAGCCGUACAAUUGUUUGCCGAAAAAUCUGCGGGACGACGGCAGCGUGUGCUACGAGUGGAACUCGAAGGCCCGUCUGUACAUGAACGUGGUCAAGCCGCCGACACCAGAUAUCAAGUGCUACUCGUUCCAGUGGGAAACCUUGUUGGAGGACCUUUACCCGACCGACUGUUUCGACGUGGCCGAGGAUCGCGGAUUCUGGUAUGGGGGUGGUCUUACGAAGGGCAUCGAUUACACGCUCGGAAAGGCGUCGUUCGCGAGCAGCCCGUUCGUGACCGGUGACGCGAACGUGAACCAGUGGGGCAACGCUUUGAAGCGGUACUUUUUAAGCUCCCGAGGGGUCGCCAUUCAGGUGGACGAGCGGACGCCCCUGCACGUGAGCGUCAAUGAUGGGCCAGGGCGACGGAUGAUGUGCUUGGAGGGACGCAACGAUAAGUUUGCGUUCGUGAACAAACAGAGCCGGUUUCCGGAGUUGAAGUAUACGGUCUGCACCGGCCCGGGCAUGAAGUCGCUGCACAACGGCUUGGGGCAGAAAAGUCUCUGGGACGGCCUGACGGAGAAGGACACUGGCGUCAUGAAGUCUCUGCUCCGCGAACCGGUGUGGCAGAUACCGGCUUCGCGGCCGGAAGAUCUUACCGAGACGGCCAUCUACAACUACACCGAGAGCAUCAUCGCGCUCGGGUACCUUCGCCUGGGGCACAUUUUGGUGAACGAGUUCUGGCAGCGAAACAUCGGUGACUUCCGCUUGGAUCCGGACCGCUUCGCCACGCUCGACGAGACGGUGAACAUUUUGCAUCGGCGCGGCUUUCGCGUUUCGUUCACCAUUCAACCGUUUAUCAGCACCGAGAGCUUCAACUUCCGGAAGGCGGUGGCAGCGAAGCUGUUGAUUUAUGAGCGGGAAUCGUCGCGCAGCAUUCCGGCCCUGACCCGGUACAAGAGCACCACGAGUGCCGGAGUGAUCGAUGUCACGAACAAUGCUUCGGUUCCGUGGCUGGCCGAGCAGCUGAAGAAAGUGUCCGAAGCGGUUGACAUUGAUUCGUACUUUCUGGACUUUGGGACGGCCUUUAACAUCCCCCGGUACUACCAGUGCUCGCAGACUCUGGUCAAUCCGGACGAGUACAAGACCUACUUCAUGGCGCGCUUCGAACGAACGCUGAGCAUCUUCGGUGUUUCGAGUGCAACAUCCGUCCCACGGCCACCUGCCUUCCUUAGCCUGCCACCGGUUAACAGCUCGUGGACCGGCCUGCAGACCAUCAUACCGACACUGCUGUCUUACGGCAUCAUCGGGUUCUCCUUACUCAUGCCCGGUCCCGUAGGAGGGGACUUUGUGCUGCCAACCCAGCAGCUGAAGAACAUGCACUCGUUUUACGAAUUCGACCUCCCGUCGCUGCCCGAAAAGGAGCUGUACAUUCGCUGGCUACAGCUGGCCACCUUCCUGCCGGUGCUGCGCUUUACGCAUCUGCCCUCCGAGUAUCGGGACGAAACGGUGACAGCGAUAGCGAAGGAGUUGGCCGACAUCCGACAGCGAACGGUGGUGCCGAUGCUGGAACGCUACUCGAGCAUCUCGAUGGACGACGGGCUGCCCAUCAUAAGGCCGCUGUGGAUGCUCGAUUCGACCGACGUCAACUGCUUCUCGAUAGAUGACGAAUUUUCCAUCGGGGACGGAAUGAUUGUGGCGCCCGUCCUCACGAAGGGGGAAACCAUGCGCGAGGUUUACCUGCCCCAAGGCGUGUGGAAGGAUGGCAUAGACGAGUCACUGCGGAAGGGAAGCCGCUGGAUUCACAACUAUAACGUGCCCCAGAAUAAGGUGGCCUUUUUCAUUAAGAUGCCGGACAACACGCGUUUCUAAAACCGGUAACGGUAGUCUCAAAGUGAUAGCGAAGCUCCAGCUGUGAGGAGUGACCGGUAACGAAUAACUUAUUUUAUUAAAUACAAUUUUAUUAACAUUACAAACA